GUUACUAAAGUAGAAGAAGACACAUCAAAGCUGACAUGUCAUUUUUGUUACCUGCCUCACCGCAAGCGGUAUCAAAUGGAAAGAAAAAAGUAGCUCUUAAACCUGGACACGGCUUGAUGGAUUGGGUAAGGUUCAAGAGUAAGAUUCGACCGUCACAGCCACGAAGAAUUACUCAGCAAGAACUUGGACUUCACAAUAAGCUUGGAGAUGUGUGGACUGCUAUAAAUGGUAAAUGGUGCUGUUUAUGAUAUUACUACUUAUGUUGACUAUCAUCCUGGAGGUGCUGAAGAAUUAAUGCGAGGAGCUGGCAUUGACUCAACAGAUUUGUUUAAUGAGGUUCAUAAAUGGGUAAAUUUCCAGAACAUGCUAAAAGAAUUCCUUGUUGGAUAUUUAGUACAGCAACCAAAGACUACAAUAUUAAAGGUUCCUGGCCAAACCUCACUUACGGUGCCAGGCAGUGGCAGUCAAACGUCGCUUACAGUUCCACACAAGAAACCCAUUGUUACUGGUCCAUUACUUCCUCCAGCUCCAAAGUUCUCAUACGACAGCUAUCAAACAGAGAGAUGUUUUACUCUAAUAGUUUAUGGAAAGAUAGCUAUGUCAAAUAAAAUCAGGCGCUCUUUCUUUUAUGGAACUAUCAGCAAAAAGGCAAUAAGAGUCUUCAUACAUUGUCUAGAUAGAAAUUUUUUGCUUGACCUUCAAUUGUUUGCAGAAUUUCAGAAGUUUGAAAUAAGGAAUAGCAAUCUCAAGUUUGAGUUAGUAAUUCACAAACAGCAAGAAAAACUGUGGCCCAGCGAGGGAACUCAUCUAUCAAAUUCAAAAACCACUUACUCUGAAAAAUUUAACAAUCUUGAAAGUUUUGAAGUUUGUUGCACAGAAAAUGUAAUUGUAACCCAUGACUCUAGGCUCUUAACAUUCAAGUUCCUGAAUGACUUUUAUGCCAUUCCUCCCUUGGGUUCACAUGUUUUUGUUCAAAACCCUGACAAGAAUUCAUUGAUCGACAAGAAACCAUACACUGUGUAUGAUGUUAUUGAUCAAAGUACAUUCCAACUUCUAGUAAAGCAAUAUGAAGAAGGUGUAAUGUCAACUUACAUGUGCUCUUUGCAAUCCAACCAGACAGUAAAGAUGCAAGGAUUUGACCAUUUCAUUGAUCUAAAUACGCUUCACAAGAACAAUAAUAUUGUUGUUCUGGCUGCUGGCACAGGUAUCACUCCUUUUUACAGGAUUAUGAAAGAACUUUCAGCGAAUAAGCUUUUCAAAGACCACACUUGUUCCUUGAUGUUCUACAAUAAAACACAAGAAGAUAUAUUAGUUAAAGAUCAGCUCAAGGAGUUGCAGGAUAAAAUUGUAAAGCUUGACAUUAAUCACAUUCUCUCACAAGAGAGUUGGAGUGGACUUACUGGUCGAAUAGAGCUGUUGCAUUUAAAAAGGUUUUCUUCUGAAUCUUUGUUUCUGAUUUGUGGACCAAAACUGUUCAUGGAGAAAUCAGUGGCAGUUUUAUUAGAGAAAGGUGUGAGCAAGUCAAAUAUGAUUGAGUUCAAUGGUUGAUUUAUAUUAUAUAUAUAAGCAUAUUGAUUUUAUAUUGUUGUUUCAAGAACAUCAUUUAUAUGCGAAUGAUUUAUAAACAUUGAAAGGUUGAAAUAUCUUAGAUUAAACCUUUGAUUGAACAAGUGAUCCUCUCAAAAAAACCACACGAAUAUACAUAAUGUGUCACGGCUCUUACGUCGUUUCACAUGUCGUGUGGUCUUCCAAAAUAUAAAUAAAAUCUUUAACUGUGAAAAUUUAUGAUUCUGAUUUAAGAUGAUCAACUGCAUGUUGUCACAGCAUUUUAUUGUCUGUAUCAUUAAAAGAUGAAAAUUCUUGUGAUAUCAGCAUUUGUUUAACUACAGUAGUUUCAUUUAUUCUGUUUAGUACCAGUAGAUCCAAUGAUUACAAUUUAGAUAUAAUCAUAAUAUUCUAGUCU